CUGUUAUUUUAAGUAAGAAGCAUGUGGAGUUUUGAGGGUGAUUAUCGACGUAAGCCUCAGCAGAGGUUAGGAGGUGCAAGUAAAGCUCGUAAUAUUGAACGCUCAGACUUGCUUCAUCAACUGAAAUCAGACAGAGAGGAGAGGGAGAGGCAAAGAAGACGAGAGGCUGCUGUGUUAACUAUUCAGUCAUGGACACGUGGCAUGAUCAGCCGACGGCAGACUAAACAGAAGUUGCGUCUUCAGUGCGAUAUUGUACUUGCAGAAGCAAAAUCACAGGGUAUUUCAGAAGCAGCAGCAUCAAAGUUGAUUGCAUUGUUGAUUCGCAUAUUUAAUCCUGUAGAAGACUGUGAGAGAUUGCUCCUCACAUGUCAGAUGGUGGUGCGGGAAAAUCGUAUUUUAUCAGCUUGGGUUUGUUCUUCGUUAAAUCAGGUGGUGUAUUUGCUUCCAAGGCUUGUGAAUAUGUCUAUGGAUGGUUAUCACACAUUCUACCAAUGCAGUCCCCAUGGCACAUGCCCCUCCCCUGAGGUUAUUAGAAAUCAUGACUUCCACUGAAAGUUGGGAUACAAAAUUGUCUACAAGUGAUCAGCAACUGUUUUUAACAGCAUUAUAUUCCUAUAUGAUUGCCAGAGGUA